AUGGAGAAGCAUAUGAGGAUGAUGAACGUCACCCCAGAGGUGGCGUUCAAUGUCAGACCUUGUCAUGGACCAGUCACUCUUCAUGACGUUCUGUAUGCAGUAGUGAACGUGGGAAGGACUUUGGCCUUGGCAGAAUUAUAUGAAGACGAGGUGAAAUGCAAAUCUUCCAAGCCUGACAGAGCUACAGCUACGGCCUUUAAGACACCCCCUCAUCGGAUUUAUUCAGGUGAACAGGAAUAUGGUGGAUUACAUAUAGUUCAGCCUCCACCUGGGAAAAUUGUGAAUGAACUUUUCAAAGAGGCAAGGGAGCAUGGGGCUGUCCCUUUAAAUGAAGCCGCAAGAUCUUCAGGUGAUGACAAAACUAAGUCAUUUACAGGUGGAGGAUACAGAUUGGGCAGUUCCUUCUAUAAGCGAUCAGAAUAUGUCUAUGGAGAAAAUCAGCUGCAAGAUGUUCAGAUUUUGCUGAAGCUCUGGAGCAAUGGUUUCAGUUUAGAUGAUGGAGAAUUGAGACCUUACAAUGAUCCAACAAAUGCUCAGUUUUUGGAAUCUGUUAAGAGAGGAGAGAUUCCCCUGGAGCUUCAGCGACUGGUCCAUGGCAGCCAAGUGAACCUGGAUAUGGAGGAUCAUCAAGACCAAGAGUAUAUAAAACCCAGAUUGCGAUUCAAGGCCUUUAGUGGAGAAGGGCAGAAACUUGGAAGCCUCACGCCUGAAAUAGUCAGUACUCCUUCCUCCCCAGAAGAGGAAGAUAAAUCAAUACUUAAUGCAGCUGUUUUUAUUGAUGAUUCAAUACCCACCACAAAAAUUCAGAUCCGGUUGGCAGAUGGAAGUCGUCUGAUACAGAGGUUCAAUAGCACACACCGGGUUCUGGAUGUACGAGACUUUAUAGUACAGUCACGUCCUGAAUUCGCAACUACUGACUUUAUUCUUGUGACUUCAUUUCCAAGUAAGGAGCUAACAGAUGAGAGCCUAACAUUACAAGAAGCGGAUAUUCUUAAUACUGUGAUACUCCAACAGAUAAAAUAGUAUUGCUCCAACAUGUGAAUUAGCAUAUAGGAAUACGUAAUGUCAUGCAUAUUAGUUAAAUACUUCAGCAUAAACAACCAAAUUAUUUUUAUUACUCAGAUAAAUUUUUGUUUGGCUGCUGUUCUGUCUUCCAAUCUUUGUCGACAAAUUUAGACCAAGGAAAGAUCUUGAUGUUGGAGUUUUUAGUUGCAGGACUGGCUUACAUUAAUAGUUUGUAAGCAUCCAGGUCAACUAAUUUAUUACAUGCUCAGUGUUAAUAUAAUAACAUUUUCAAAUGAAAUGAACAGAAGCCCUCUUUGGUAAAUGCAUUUGGUAAAAUUUGCACUCAAGUUUCUUAAUGCAGCAAUGACCAGUAGCCAGUAAGGAUCUUUCUUCUGAAAAAUAUGCCAGAGUGUCUGCUCUGAAUUUGAAAUUGUUUGAUCAAUUCAUUAAGAUUUUGCAUAUACUUUUUACAUACUGUUUUGAACUGUGUUUUAGUAUCACAGAAGAUAUAUUGGCCUUGUGUUUUAUAGAAUUACAGUUGUCAUAAACUAAAUUUUAAUAGAUGUAAAAGUCAUCAGCUCUUGAAAAGACAUGAUAAACAGCACUUUAAAAUCAAGAAAUUAUAGUCCCUUCCAGAGUCUGCCUUGAUCACAUUCAUUCAUUCAUUUAACAUUUUUAUAAGGGAAUCUAUUACAUAAACACUGUUGUAGGAAUGAAACACAAACUAUAUUCUUCAGCGUAUGAACUCAGUCUGAGAGACUGGAGUAAAAAUUACCAGCAAGAUGUUUGUUUCCCUAAUCCAUGUAUUUCUUGAAUGGCCUGUGUGAUACUAGGACUAGCAGAAAGCUUGUUUCUGUCUAGGCACCAUUCUACCAAUGGUCAGCAUUUCUAUGUAAUUCUUUGUUGUGACUGAAAUAGCACAGGCUCAUUAUCUUAAAGGUACGUAGGUUGAAACUGAACAUGAGUUUCUCUGUGCUAGUAUCAAGGUGUUGGUGGGACUGCAU